AUGGAUACAAAAGAAUUUCGAAGAAAGGGUUGUGAACUGAUUGACUACAUUGUAGAUUACAAAAAAUCCAUCUCACUCCGAAGAGUAAGUCCUGCCGCUAAGCCCGGAUUUAUACGAAGAUUGAUUCCAGAGACUGCUCCUGAAAAAGGAGAAAAGUGGGAUGCCAUCAUGAAAGAUAUAGAAGACAUAAUAGUGCCUGGAAGUGUUCACUGGCAGCAUCCACAUUUUUUUGCCUAUUUUCCAGCUGGUUGCUCUUUCCCAUCCGUUCUGGCAGGCAUGUUGUCCAAUUUAACUGGUGGAUCAGUAUCUUCUUGGUCAUCUAAUCCCGCUGCUACCGAUUUGGAAAUGAUCGUUUUGGAUUGGUAUGGAAAAUUGCUAGGACUUCCUCGAAAGUUUUUGCGUUUUCCAGAUGAAAGCAAAGGUGGAGGGGUGAUCCAAAGCUCAAUAAGUGAAUGUACACUUCUCGCCAUGAUAUGUGCACGACAGUUGGUUAUUCAGAAAUUAAAAGAGAUGAUCCCUGGCGACAGUGAAAGUGUCAUACUAUCUCGCCUCAUCGCUUAUUGCUCAGAAGAGUCUCACUCGAGCGUAGAAAAGGCAGCAAUUAUAGCUCUCGUAAAAAUGCGUAUUUUAGAAACGGAUGACAGGUUCUCUUUAAGGGGUAAAAUUCUAGAAGAGGCCAUCGAAGAAGACAGAAAGAAAGGACUGGUGCCUUUCUUUGCAAUUGCUAAUUAUGGAUCCACAGGUUGUUGCGCAGUUGACCCUUUACACGAACUCGGUCCUGUUUGCAGAAAAUAUGACAUGUGGCUCCACGUGGAUGCUGCAUAUGCUGGAAAUAGCUUGGUAUGCCCAGAAGUAAGGUAUUUAAUCAAAGGUAUAGACUACGCCAAAUCCAUCUGCGUGAAUCCAAGCAAAUGGAUGUUAGUAAACACUGACUGCGCUAUUCUGUGGAUUGAAGACCGCCGUUUGCUCACAGAUACAAUUAUUCCUGAUUCGAUAGAAGUUUCGGACUACAGUAAAGAAUUUGACUACUGCCACUGGGGCAUUCCAACCAGCAGACGUUUCCGAGCUCUGAAAUUUUGGUUUGUUCUCCGAUAUUAUGGACAAGAAGGUGCUGGAGCCAAAAAUUGA